AUGUUACUUCAGACUACUCUCCCCGGCUCCUCUCCCUGGCUCCUCUCCCCGGGUCCUCUCCCCGGCUCCUCUCCCAGACUCCUCUCCCCGGCUCCUCUCCCCGGCUCCUCUCCCCGGCUCCUCUCCCUGGCUCCUCUCCCCGGGUCCUCUCCCAGACUACUCUCCCCGGCUCCUCUCCCUGGCUCCUCUCCCCGGGUCCUCUCCCCGGCUCCUCUCCCAGACUCCUCUCCCCGGCUCCUCUCCCCGGCUCCUCUCCCCGGCUCCUCUCCCUGGCUCCUCUCCCCGGGUCCUCUCCUCGGCUCCUCUCCCCGGCUCCUCUUCCCGGCUCCUCUCCCUGGCUCCUCUCCCCGGGUCCUCUCCCAGACUCCUCUCCCCGGCUCCUCUCCCUGGCUCCUCUCCCCGGGUCCUCUCCUCGGCUCCUCUCCCCGGCUCCUCUCCCAGACUACUCUCCCCGGCUCCUCUCUUCGGGUCCUCUCCCCCGGCUCCUUUCCCCGGCUCCUCUCCCCGGCUCCUCUCCCCGGCUCCUUUCCCCGGCUCCUCUCCCUGGCUCCUCUCCCCGGGUCCUCUCCUCGGCUCCUCUCCCCGGCUCCUCUCCCCGGCUCCUCUCCCAGACUACUCUCCCCGGCUCCUCUCCCCAGCUCCUCUCCCCCGGCUCCUUUCCCCGGCUCCUCUCCCCGGCUCCUCUCCCUGGCUCCUUUCCCCGGAUCCUCUCACCGGCUCCUCUCCCCGGCUCCUCUCCCCGGCUCCUCUCCCAGACUCCUCUCCCCGGCUCCUCACCCCGGCUCCUCUCCCCGGCUCCUCUCCCCGGGUCCUCUCCUCGGCUCCUCUCCCCGGCUCCUCUCCCCGGCUCCUCUCCCCGGCUCCUCUCCCCGGCUCCUCUCCCUGGCUCCUCACAACGGCUCCUCUCCCCGGCUCCUCUUUCCGGCUACUCUCCCCGGCUCCUCUCCCAGGCUCCUCUCCCAGACUACUCUCCCCGGCUCCUCUCCCCGGCUCCUCUCCCAGACUACUCUCCCCGGCUCCUCUCCCUGGCUCCUCUCCCCGGGUCUUCUCCCCGGCUCCUCUCCCAGACUCCUCUCCCCGGCUCCUUUCCCCGGGUCCUCUCCCCGGCUCCUCUCCCAGACUCCUCUCCUCGGCUCCUCUCCCCGGCUCCUCUCCCCGGCUCCUCACAACGGCUCCUCUCCCCGGCUCCUCUCCCCGGCUCCUCUCCCCGGCUCCUCUCCCUGGCUCCUCUCCCCGGGUCCUCUCCUCGGCUCCUCUCCCCGGCUCCUUUCCCAAGCUCCUCACAACGGCUCCUCUCCCCGGCUCCUCUCCCCGGCUCCUCUCCCCGGCUCCUCUCCCAGACUACUCUCCCCGGCUCCUCUCCCCGGCUCCUCUCCCCCGGCUCCUUUCCCCGGCUCCUCUCCCCGGCUCCUCUCCCUGGCUCUUUUCCCCGGGUCCUCUCACCGGCUCCUCUCCCUGGCUCCUCUCCCCGGCUCCUCUCCCAGACUCCUCUCCCCGGCUCCUCACCCCGGCUCCUCUCCCCGGCUCCUCUCCCCGGGUCCUCUCCUCGGCUCCUCUCCCCGGCUCCUCUCCCCGGCUCCUCUCCCCGGCUCCUCUCCCCGGCUCCUCUCCCUGGCUCCUCACAACGGCUCCUCUCCCCGGCUCCUCUUUCCGGCUACUCUCCCCGGCUCCUCUCCCCGGCUCCUCUCCCAGACUACUCUCCCCGGCUCCUCUCCCCGGCUCCUCUCCCAGACUACUCUCCCCGGCUCCUCUCCCUGGCUCCUCUCCCCGGGUCUUCUCCCCGGCUCCUCUCCCAGACUCCUCUCCCCGGCUCCUUUCCCCGGGUCCUCUCCCCGGCUCCUCUCCCCGGCUCCUCACAACGGCUCCUCUCCCCGGCUCCUCUCCCCGGCUCCUCUCCCCGGCUCCUCUCCCUGGCUCCUCUCCCCGGGUCCUCUCCUCGGCUCCUCUCCCCGGCUCCUCUUCCCGGCUCCUCUCCCAGACUCCUUUCCCCGGCUCCUCACCCCGGCUCCUUUCCCAAGCUCCUCACAACGGCUCCUCUCCCCGGCUCCUCUCCCCGGCUCCUCUCCCAGACUCCUUUCCCCGGCUCCUCACCCCGGCUCCUUUCCCAAGCUCCUCACAACGGCUCCUCUCCCCGGCUCCUCUCUCCGGCUCCUCUCCCCGGCUCCUCUCCGAGACUACUCUCCCCGGCUCCUCUCCCAGACUUCUCUCCCCGGCUCCUCUCCCCGGCUCCUUUCCGAGGCUCUUCUCUUAGGCUCCUCUCCCCGGCUCCUCUCCCUGGCUCCUCUCUUAGGCUCCUCUCCCUGGCUCCUCUCCCCGACUCCUCUCCCAGACUACUCUCCCCGGCUCCUCUCCCUGGCUCCUCUCCCCGGGUCCUCUUCCAGACUACUCUCUCUGGCUCCUUUCCCAGGCUCCUCACCCCGGCUCCUCUCCCCGGCUCCUCUCCCUGGCUCCUCUCCCCGGCUCCUCUCCCAGACUCCUCUACCCGGCUCCUCUCCCCAGCUCCUCUACCCGGCUCCUCUCCCCAGCUCCUCUCCCAGGCUCCUCUCGCAGACUCCUCUCCCCGGCUCCUCUCCCCGGCUCCUCUCCCCGGCUCCUCUCCCAGACUCCUCUCCCCGGCUCCUCACCCCGGCUCCUGUCCCACACUCCUCUCCCAGACUCCUCUCCCCGGCUCCUCUCUCCGGCUCCUCUCCCAGACUCCUCUCCCUGGCUCCUCACCCGGUUCCUCUCCCCCGGCUCCUCUUCCCGGCUCCUCUCCCCGGCUCCUCUCCCAGAUUCCUCUCCCCGGGUCCUCUCCUCGGCUCCUCUCCCCGGCUCCUCUCCCCGGCUCCUCUCUCAGGCUCCUCUCCCCGGCUCCUCUCUCAGGCUCCUCUCCCCAGCUCCUCUCCCAGGCUCAUCUCCCAGGCUCUUCUCCCAGGCUCCUCUCCCCGACUCUUCUCCCAGGCUCCUCUCCCCGGCUCCUCUCCCAGGCUCCUCUCCCCGACUCUUCUCCCAGGCUCCUCUCCGAGGCUCCUCACCCAGGCUCUUCUCCUCUACCUCUUCCCGGCUCCUCUCCCCGGCCUAACACACUCAGCAUAUAAUCAUCUUGACAAGGUGUAA